AAGCUGCUGUCUCAUUUAAGUGUCCGAAGCGUGGACGAGAAAUGGAUGCCCCGUACACUAGAUUAAAUGUUCGUUCUUUAUUUAUGAAGAAAAGAGUUCUGGGUUGUCUUUCAUCUUCAGUCAGAAAACUGUCGUCUUCCAUCUUCAUUUGAAAGUUUUGGAAUGUGUGUAUCGUUUAUGAAGAUACAAGUGCUGGGGUGUUUUUUCUAAACAUGAGUUUAUCUUCGAUAGCUGUGUUCACCCUAUUUGUUGCCACUCAUGUAAUCUGUUCACAGAAUUUUAAUGAAAGCCGUGUUGAUAGAUCUUGUGAUUAUAAUGGAGAAAAUUAUAAGCAUGGCGAAGAAUGGAAUCCCCAUCCAUGCAGAGUAUGCAAAUGCCGCCGUAAGACCAUCGUAUGUGACGUUGAAGACUGUCCCGAAAUAAAAUGCAAAACUCAGAAAUACGUUCCCAUUGGAAAAUGCUGUGCUACAUGUAUAGGUUAUGAUGAUAGAUCUUGUAACCGUAACGGAGAGUUAUUUAAGCACGGCGAAGAAUGGAAUCCCGAUCCGUGUACGACAUGUAAAUGUCGCCGUAGAAGGAUCGGCUGUGAAAAAGAGGUUUGUCCUGAGAUGGAGUGUGAAAGUCAAAAACGCAUUCCUGUUGGAAAAUGUUGUCCCGUAUGUGCAGAGGAUGACGUACCACCUCAACCUGAGCAAUCUGAAUUACCCGAGGGUGAGCCAGGAGAAUUUGAUUCGAAGGGAGAUCCUGGAAGAUUUAGUCCACCCGAGUUACCUAGAGAGUUGAUAUCAUGGCUUCAAAGCUUAGCUGCUCAGCCAGGAGUAAAUGGAGAAAAAGGACCUCAUCCUCAUGUUUUUCAGUUCACACAAGGACAGGUGGGCCCAGUAGGACCACCGGGACAAGAUGGAUCAUCAGUGAAUAAUUCUGGAAAUUUUCCACUAUAUUAUAUAUAUGUUUUCCCAGGACCACCUGGUGAACCUGGACCACCAGGGUUUCCAGGGAUGAAAGGCGAGUCUGGAGACACAAGAACAGUAAUAGCUGAUUAUUUUCCACCUAGAGAUCUACGGGGAAUGAAAGGUGAACCUGGAUCUCCAGGAUUGCCGGGAGCACCAGGUCUACCGGGUAUUCCAGGAAUUAAAGGUGAACCUGGAAAUGGAGGAGGUAUAUAUGAUUCCUGGCCAGGUUUACCAGGACCAAAAGGUAUGUCUGGAUUGCCAGGAGUUCCUGGAAGUCCAGGAGAGAAAGGGGACCCAGGACUUCCUGGAUUUCCAGGAGUGAAAGGUGAACGCGGAUUCCCAGGACUUCCAGGAUAUCCAGGAUUGAGAGGCGAUGAUGGACCACCAGGAGUUCCAGGACGGAAAGGUGAUCGUGGACUUGAUGGAUUUCCUGGACCAAAAGGUGAUCCUGGAUUUCCAGGGCUACCAGGAAUAAAAGGUCCCCCAGGUAGUGAUGGAUUUCCAGGAGCCCCUGGACUCAUGGGUGAAUAGAUAAGUGAGUUGAAAAAUGGUUCCACCAGGUGCUAAAGAUCAGGCGAAAAACUGUAUACAAUGAUACAUUUUUCUCAAGAAAAGCAAGUGAAUACUCUUAUUGCAGCCAUAACAAUUUCUGUAGUAUUUAAGUAGAAAGUUUAUACAAAUAGAGAAGAUAGCGCACCAGAUCUUCAACAAGGAACCAAAUUCUCACUGAUACUUUUUUGUUUUAAAAGAAUUCCUAUUUCUGGGAUUGCAGUAAUAUCAGAGCAAAACUACAACCAUCGCUGUUAUACGUAAACGAAAGGAAACAAAAAAAAAUUAAGAAAAACUUUGACUGCGUUACAUCAAGAUUAGACUAAAAAAAUAUUUCUAAAAGAUUGCGAAUUUCGUUGCAUUCCGCUGAACAUACCAUUCGCCAUAUUAUAACUUUGAAUUCUCUACGUCAAAAUGUUAUAAACCAACUUAAGCUCCUUUAAAAUACUCUGAAUUACUUGUUACUAAGACUUUCAGAAAAUAAUAGCUCCAAAAUAAUAUUAAUUUUUCAAUAACUGAAGACAUGUGAUUGUAUUUUGAUUGUGAGUGUUCUGAUUGAUUCUGAUUGAUGGCUUGAUUCUGAUGGAUGAAAAUGAACUUUAAAUUCAUAUUAUAAAAUAUGCACGUCUUCAUCUGAAAUAAUAUAAUAAAGACUUCGUCUUUGUGGGUAACUUUGUGUAUCUUUCUUUAUAACAUUAGAACCACUCGAGGAAGAAAAUAAUGAAGACUUUGAAUAAGAUGAAGACUUUGUGAAUAUCUUUGUGUAUCUUUCUUAUAACACUAGAACCACUCGAGGUAAUAUCCUGAUACUUGGACAGAAGCUAAAAGAGGCAAUUUAAGCUUCCGAUCUUUAUAAUCCUUCAAUUAGUUGUUCCAGAUUAACGUUGAGAAAAUGAAUUUUUCGAAUUAGUUUUGCAUUAGUUAUUGUUCAAAAUAAAACUAUAGAC